UCAAAACAUCAUCCACUUCAAAUUGUUUCAGAGUGAAAAAGUAAAAACCAGAGAAAAAAAUGUCAGGAAGAGGAAAGGGAGGAAAGGGAUUGGGAAAGGGCGGAGCAAAGCGUCACCGGAAAGUUCUCCGAGACAACAUCCAAGGUAUCACGAAGCCGGCGAUUCGACGAUUGGCGAGGAGAGGUGGAGUUAAGCGUAUCAGUGGGCUUAUCUAUGAAGAAACACGUGGUGUGCUUAAGAUCUUUCUAGAGAAUGUCAUCCGUGACGCCGUGACUUACACCGAGCACGCUCGCCGGAAAACUGUCACCGCCAUGGAUGUGGUUUAUGCUUUGAAACGGCAGGGACGUACUCUUUAUGGAUUUGGAGGUUAAGGUCGUAGUGAUAUGUGUUUUCAUUGCUAUUUCAGUUUCCAGAUCUACAUUGUUUGUUAACGUGGUAAUAGUGAUAGGCUAUGUAUCAUUGACUUAUUUCUCGUAAUGCAAUGAUCGGUUUAUUAAAA